AUUUCCUCUAGCAUUUUGUUUUUAACGCUCCUCAUUCUGAUGUACCAACCUUUUAACCUUCUUCCCUUCUAUAGCAGCCAUUUUGCUUUCAUCCACGACCGUGAGUCGCUUACCACCAACGGAGGCAGUACUAAUCUCCGUGUGAAAAAACUGCCUUCCACAUCCCCCCUAAACUUUCCUCCCAACAUCUAAAUGUAUUGUAGUGGAAUUAAGGGUAAAGUGCAAAGCGUUCUGCACUGACUCCAUCGACCGGCAAUGAGCGGGUCGUACAGAGUCGAAGGGCCGAACGGCCUGUUCCCAUCAGCCUGCCUGAACCCGGCGUGCGCUUCUUUGCCAAUGGGCGGAAUUCCUCACCCUGAUUGGCUGCCACGACCACGUGGCAACAGGCACCAUUCUUCCUUCUGAUUGGAACAGUGAAUGUGACGUCAAAGAAGUAAAGGUGAGAAUUUGGGCGGGAACUCAUCGAAAUCCGAAAACAAACCGAGAGAAAGAAAAAGAAACAGAAAGAAAGACAGACAGACAGAGAAAUAAACUGUCCCUGUCCUGUUCCAUGAUGAACUUCACCUCCGAAGGGGCCAGAACUCUACUGCGUAAUAAGUUUGUGGUGGUUCUGGGAGACUCCAUCCAGCGGACCGUCUAUAAGGACCUGGUUCUGUUCCUACAGAAGUCAAACCACCUGACUGAUGGACAGCUGCGUACUAAGUGUGAACAGAGCUUCGAGGGGGACUGUCAGCUUGAGGCCAGCAAACCGACCAAUAGCACGGAGUUCCGAGAGACUCGCCAGUUCUGCCAACCCUUCCACCUGCUGCGUUUCCACUUCCUCACUCGUGUCUACUCUACCUACGUGGAGGAGAUCCUGGAGAGAUUCCAGGCUGAAACCCUGCCGGAUAUCCUCAUCAUUAACUCCUGCGCAUGGGACAUCUCCAGGUACGGUAAAGACUCCAAGACUAAGUACUGGAAGAAUCUUGAGCAUCUGUUCAUCCGGCUGAGGAAGGUACUGCCAGCUGACUGCUUGGUCAUCUGGAGCCUGGCCAUGCCCCUUGGCUCCCGGCUCAAGGGGGGAUUCCUGCCACCUGAGGAAGAGCUAUGUCAAAACCUGCGCAAAGAUGUGAUAGAGGCAAACUUCUACGCGGCGAAGCUGGCUGCGGCUUAUGACUUUGAUGUGCUGGACCUGCACUUUAGGUUCCGGCAGCAGCUGGAGCAGCGAGCGUCAGACGGGAUCCACUGGGACGAGCAUGCUCACCGCACCAUUACCCAACUGCUCCUGCACCAUAUCGCAGAGGCGUGGGGCAUCUGUCUGCCCCAGUAUGAGGCUCCAGUUCCUAUGUCACGGGGAGUUGGUCCCCGACGAUCAAUCCCUCUCAGAUGGAACGGUGCUGUGGAAAACCACCUCAUACCUGACCUGCCUGAGUCCCGCCUGAGGUAUAUGAGUUCCAGGAAUGCACCUGGACCUGAAGUCCAGGUGCCGUGGGAAGUUGGUGCCCAAGGAUCUGCCUCUCGCAACUGGAACAACUUCAGAUCUGACUGGCCUGAGCCCUGUCUGCCACCUGUGAGAUUCAGGAAUGCCUGUGGUCCUGACGGACCUCCUACUGCCAGGGCUUUUGCCCCCAUCUCGCAGGCCAUGGAUGACCCUCAGUUCCGGAAUUUCUCCUGGAGACUGGUGUGCAACAGGCGGGUGAUGAGGCGACGAGUGAACUGGAGGAGGGCGCAGGAGCCGUACAGCCACAGCUCGCCUCAUCGGGGUCGCUGCCGGCCAGCAUGCUCCAGCCGCAGGGGCUUCUCCCCCUGAGAGCCUUGGACAUGUCCUGUGUGAGGAGGAAUUGUCACUGUGUAUCUGACCUGUGGAGUGUGUGAGAUGUUGGGGGGGGGAGGGAGGAUGAGGGGUUGGGAGUGUGAUGGGAAGAGCCAUUUUCAGAACAGAAAAAAAAAGCAGGAUUCUGUUGUGGGACGCAGCCUUUGCAGUGUUACAGCCGCUGAAGAUCUGGGGCUACGGCACUGGGACUAACCCUUCCUCCCACAGGGGUGAGGGGUAUAUUCCCC